AUGGCUCCAAAAGGUAAAGCUCAGGUGUUUAGGACGAAGGAGGCCCCAACCACGGAAGGACCCAAAGAACGAAAAGGACAUAAAAGAAGUAAGAAAAGGAGGGACAAUUUCAACCUUUAUGUCUACAAGGUCCUUCGUCGAGUUCACACCGAUAUAGACAUUUCUUCAAAGGCCAUGUCUAUCAUGAACUCCUUCGUGAUUGAUAUCUUUGAACGCAUAGCCUCUGAGGCAGGCAAACUGAUUCACUACAAUAGGAAAAGCACUCUGACUAGUCGCGAGAUUCAGACAGCUGGUAUUGCCUGGUGA